GAUUGUUUAAAAAAGGUUAAAAAUCCUUUAAGAAGAUGAUAAAAUGCUUAUUAAUAAUGGAAUUGUGGUAGAAAGUCUUGGAAAUGAAGGAUCAAAUGAAUAUAAAGGAUAUUCAGAGAAAGAACAAAUUAUUUUAGCAGAAUUUGAGCGACGACAGAAGAUAAAGAGUAUUUAUAUACCUACAGAUGAUGGGAAAGUACGAGCCAAGCUUCGUGAGCUUGGUAAACCUAUUACACUUUUUGGAGAGGGACCAGCAGACCGUAGAGAUAGAUUAAGAGAGUUAUUAAGUAAUUUUGAUGGGACGGUAACAUUUUCAGAAAAAGAAACAGAAGAAGAAAUUGAAGAAGAGUUUUAUACGAGUGGAACAGAAGAGCUUCUAAUAUGUAGAAGAAGGAUUGCAGAAUAUUCGUUAAACAGAGCACGAACAAGAAUAGCACGACAAAAGCUUGAAUCUCGUAUUCCUUUGAUGAAAAUUAUUAAUCAUAGAAAGGCGAUAAAUAAGGAAUUGAAGACAUAUAUUUCAUUGGGAUCUCAAAUAUGUUCAGAUAGACCAGUUGGAGUAGCUAGAUUUUCGCCAAAUUCGCAGUAUAUUGCAUCAGGAUCAUGGUCAGGAACAUGUAAACUUUAUUCAGUUCCUGAUCUAGAAGAAAAACAUAAAUUUCGUUAUCAUGCAGAUAAAAUUGGAGGUAUAUCAUGGAGUCCUGAGGCUACUAUUGGAGGUGUUUCAGAAGAAGCAGUAAAUUUAAUUACAGGAGGGAGUGAAGGUGAUAUUUGUUUAUGGAAUUUAAAAAGUGAAACCCCGAUAUCUGUUCUAAAGGGUCAUGAAAAUAGAGUUUGUAGAGUGGAAUUUCAUCCAUCAGAAAAGUAUAUUGGAAGUGCAUCGUUUGAUGGUACAUGGCGUUUAUGGGAUGUAGCAACGACUACAGAACUUCUACGGCAAGAAGGGCAUUCUAGAGAGGUUUACGCUAUUUCUUUUCAAAACGAUGGAGCAUUAGUAUGUUCUGGGGGACUUGAUGCUGUUGGAAGGGUAUGGGAUUUACGAACAGGUCGUACAAUUAUGAAUUUAGAUGGACAUAUUAAACCUAUUCAAUCCCUUGAUUUCUCACCCAAUGGUUACCAAAUUGCAUCAGGUUCAGCAGAUGAUACAAUUAAAAUUUGGGAUGUUCGAAAAAUAAAAUGUAUAUCUACAAUUCCUGCACAUAAAAAUUUGGUUUCUGAUGUUAGAUUUUUUAAAACUGCACGAGAAGAAGUAUUAAUUCAAAGUAAAGAAUUAAUUCCAACAACCUCCGGAAUUUAUCUUGUUUCAAGUGGCUAUGAUGGAAGAGUAAAUAUAUGGAGUUCUGAUGAUUGGGUUUUAAUAAAAAGCUUAAUUGGUCAUUCGGAUAAAGUAAUGAGUGUAGAUAUUUCAAAAGAUAAUCAUUGGAUCGUUUCUGCAGGUUGGGAUCGUACAAUAAAAUUAUGGGGAAGUGAAACUUCAUAGAGUUAUUAUCUGGGAAAAUUCGGAACAUAAUAUAUAUCUUACAU